UACCUACCUUCAACACUGUAUCCUGGCCAGCAACACCAAAGGAGCUUUCAUCAACAGAGCCUGAAGCACGCAGCCUGACAGACAGAAAGACAGACAGAAUCUGAAUCAAGAAACUUGACAGACAGACAGACAGACAGACAGACAGACAGACAGACAGACAGACAGACAGUCCCUGAAGCAAGCAGACUGACAGACAGACUUUGAAGCAAGCAGCCUGACAGACAGACAGACAGACAGACCCUGAACCAAGAAGCCUGCCAGGACAGAGCCUGGACCAGCCCAACAUACUGACCACAGCACACCACAGCCAAGACCAGCACAGCACAGCAUGCUCGCCCAGCCAAACUCCCAGUCCUGGGAGUCCCAGGCACCUGAGGACAGGAGAGGUCAGGGCCAGCCCGGCCCCUCCACCCACAGCACCCGCGAGCAAGGAGGCCACCUGCACGUGAGCCAGACAGAGAGCCCAUGUGUAUCAGGGGCUACCAGAGAGCAGCACUGCCCUGUGUGUCUGCAAGUGGCCACCUUCCCUGUGGAGACCAACUGUGGACACCUCUUCUGCGCCCCCUGCCUGAUCUCCUACUGGAAGCACGGAUCCUGGUUAGAGGCCAUCAGCUGCCCUCUCUGUCGACAGAAGGUGAGUGUGCUAUGCCACCUGUUCAGUGAGAGCCACUCAGACCGCCAGCAGCGCGAGGUCCUGGGUCACAUCACGGACUACAACAAGCGCUACUCUGGAGCCCCACGCAGGGUUGCAGACUACCUGUACGACACGCCCUUGUUCCUGCACCUGCUGCUUCGUGGCUUGGGUAACAUCGGGGGCUUGGUGUGGCUAUUCCUGCUUCGAGUGGCCGUGUGCUGCUUUGGGGCCGCUGUGUCCUUAGCCUCGCCUCUAGAGGGCGCCGCUGGGCCAUUCUGUGGAGCGCUGGGCCUCAUCGAUGACCUGGUUGUGGUCUUCCUCCUCCUCAUCUGUGUUAUCAACAUCAACCAGCAGAUGGCGCCAGAUGCUAACACCAGGAACCGAACAGAAGCACACGGUGUGCUGACUAACAGCUUAUAGUCACAGAAAAGACUGUUAAAAUGUUUUUGUUUUUAAAUUUUGAAUACAGCCCAAUGAACUAGCGUUCAAGUGGCUGUGUAUUGUAGUACUGCACAAUGUGCAUAACUGGCUCGGCAGGCUUGAUCUAUGCCAGUAUUGCGAGUGUUUACCUGCAGGCCCGCUGACAGCUUUCGCUGGGCCCAGGACAAAGUAAUCUUAAAGGGCCCCCUACACAAAACAUACAAUGUAAUGGGGACCCAAUUCUGGACCCCCAUCACCCUGGGCCCGGGACAAGAUAUCGCUUUGCCCCCCCUGUCGGUGGGCCUGUUUACGUGUUGUGUGUAUGGACUGUUGUUUCGCAUUACGCCAUCGCUGAGCGCAAUACCUCCUGGUGAGUGCAUAGCCUCAAAUAAUUGCACUACCAACGGAGAGAAUAAACUUGAAGAGCUGAAGGAAGGAGAGUGUCUGGAAGGAAGAACCAACAUUAUAAGUAUUAGGCCCGCUGUACUCCCAACAAGAGUUGCCUUUGUUGUUUACAGACACUUCACUUGGUAUUCAGUUUCAACAAUCAGACAAGCUGGCGGUAAUUGCUUCAUCUGUUUCCAACACAUCCCAUAAAGAUAGCUCCAUUUUAUGAUUCAGUUAACUGUGAUCUGUACACCUUGCAUGCAGACGUGCCAUGAGAUUUUAAAAAAAUCUCAUUUAAUGUCAUUCCAAGACAUUUAUCUACUUGUAAAAUCCUAAUGUGACCAAGUGAAAUGUUAUUAUUACGAUUAAUGGUAUUGAAUUGUGAUAUUGUAAAUAAGAUAAUAUUGACCACGUAUCUAUGUAAAUAUGUACAGUUGAAAUAA